AUGCGUCCCUCGGUGGCCGCCCUUUUGGCUAGCUCCACGCUUGCCAGUGCCAAAAGCCUUGCUGAUGUCUGCACUGUGUCCAACGUGAAGAGCGCCCUGCCUUCGAAUGGCACUUUGCUUGGUAUCAACGUGAUUCCCUCUUCUGCAACUGCUGGUGCACUCUACAAUGUCUCCUCCAUGGGCAGCAGCGAUACUUACAGCUACUGCAACGUGACCGUUACGUAUACUCACCCCGGCAAAGGUGACUCAGUCGUCGUUGAAUAUGCAUUCCCUGAACCUUCCGACUUCAAGAACCGUUUCUACGUUGCAGGCGGAUUCGGUUACUCCCUGUCCACUAGCUCGACUGGUGGAAUCAUCUACGGUGCCGCUGGUGGUGCUACCUCCGCGGGAUAUGGGGCUCUGGACGGUGUCACUGUUGAUGAGGUCUUCCUUUAUGGCAAUGGCUCGAUCAACUGGGAUGCGACCUACAUGUUUGCUUACCAGGCUCUUGGUGAAAUGACCCAGCUCGGCAAACAUAUCACUAGCAACUUCUAUGGAACCGACUCGAAGAUCUACACGUACUACGAGGGUUGCUCCGACGGAGGUCGCCAGGGUAUGAGCCAGAUCCAGCGCUGGGGUGACGAGUACGAUGGUGUUAUCACUGGAGCUCCGGCAUUCCGUUAUGGCCAGCAGCAGGUUAACCACCUUUUCUCUGCCGUUGUGGAACAGACAAAGGGCUACUACCCCCCGCCCUGUGAGAUGGAGAAGAUUGUGAAUGCCACUAUCAAGGCUUGCGAUCCCCUUGAUGGCCGCACUGACGGCCUCAACUUCAACUUGACCUCUAUCAUUGGAGAGAAGUACUACUGUGCUGCUGAGACCAGCACUUCUCUCGGUUUCAACUUUGGCAAGCGAUCCAUCGUCAAGCGCUCUGAUGGCACUAGCACCAGCUACCAACCAGCUCAGAGUGGAUCUGUGUCUGCCGAAGGUGUCGCAGUUGCCCAGGCUAUUUACGAUGGUCUCUUCGAUUCUAACGGUGAUCGUGCCUACCUCUCCUACCAGGUUGGUGCAUCCUUCACUGAUGCAGAGACUGAAUGGAACAACAACACCAAGGAGUGGGGUCUUGAUAUUCCCUCCACCGGUGGCGAGUUCGUCGCUAUGUUCAUCGAACUUCAAGACCUCUCCAACCUCUCCAACCUCGAUGGUGUGACCUACGACACCCUCGUCGACUGGAUGAACGAGGCAAUGGUCCGCUACAUGGACUCCCUACAGACCACCGUUCCCGACCUCACAACCUUCCAGUCCAACGGAGGUAAGCUCCUGCACUACCACGGUGAAUCUGACCCGAGUGUUCCCACCGCUUCAUCAAUUCACUACUGGCAAUCCGUUCGCUCGAUCAUGUACCCCGGUCUGUCCGAGAAGGAGAGCCUCGCCAAGCUCCGGGAGUGGUAUCAGCUCUACCUCGUUCCCGGCGCUGCCCACUGCGCAACCAACUCUCUCCAGCCUGGUCCCUACCCCGAGGACAACAUGGAGACAAUGAUCGACUGGGUUGAGAACGGCAUCAGGCCCGCUCGCUUGAACGCUACCGUUUCCUCUGGCGAAUACUCUGGCGAGACUCAGCGUUUGUGCCAGUGGCCUUCUCGUCCUAUGUGGCGCAGCAACACCACCUUUGACUGUGUGACUGACCGCAAGUCUUAUGAGAGCUGGACUUAUGAGUUCCCCGCUUUCAAGGUCCCGGUCUACUAG